AUGAGGAUUAACCAGAACACUGUGCUGCAAGGAAAGCGGGUGACCCUGGUGCCGUACACUUCUGCACACGUGCCCCGGUACCAUGAGUGGAUGCAGUCAGAGGAGCUCCAGCGCCUGACCGCCUCUGAACCUCUCAGCCUGGUGCAGGAGUAUGAGAUGCAGCGCAGCUGGCAGGACGACGCAGACAAGUGCACCUUCAUUGUACUGGAUGCGGAGCGGUGGUCCGGGCAGGCAUGUGCGGAUGAGGACUGCAUGGUGGGGGACGUGAAUCUUUUCCUCACCGACACUGAGGAUCCGACUUUGGGCGAGAUUGAAAUUAUGAUUGCAGAGCCCAGCUACCGAGGCAGAGGGUUUGGCAAGGAGGCAACUCUGAUGAUGAUGUCCUAUGGAGUGAGAAACCUGGGGAUCACCAAAUUUGAGGCUAAGAUUGGUCAGGAAAAUGAAGCCAGUAUCUGCAUGUUCAAAAAGCUUCAUUUUAAGGAGGUUGCUGUGAACAGCAUUUUCCAAGAGGUGACGCUGAGGCUGCAUAUCUGUGACCAGGAGAGAAGAUGGCUCCUGGAAGAGACAAACCACGUGGAGGAGAAGAGCUACCUGGAACUGAAGCUGCCAGCUGGGGUGCUGGAAAGCUGA